AGGAACGACUACGAGAAGAUCAUCCACCAGAGAACCAACACCACCCCCUUCAACCUGGCCCCUCAGGAGGAAGGCACCGGCGUCGCCGUCCGGGUGAUGAAGCCGCUGGAGGCCACCGAGCUCAGCCUGGAGACGGUGUACGAGAAGUUCCACCCCUCUGUCCAGUCCUUCACCGACAUCAUUGGCCACUACAUCAGCGGGGAGCGCCCGAAGGGCAUUCAGGAGACGGAGCAGAUGCUGAAGGUGGGGACGGCGCUGACGGGGGUGGGAGAGCUGGUCCUGGACAACGCCACCGUCAAGCUGCAGCCCCCGAAGCAGGGCCUGCCCUACUACCUGAGCGCCGCGGACUUUGACACUUUGCUGCAGAAACAAGAAUCCGGUGUCCGGUUCUGGAAAAUCCUGACCAUCGUUUUCGGUUUUGCCACCUGCGCCAUCCUCUUCUUCCUCCUACGGAAGCAAUACCGGCAUCAGCAAGAGAGGUGGCACCUCAGGCAGAUGCAGGAGGAGUUUCAGCAGGCCCAGGAGCGCCUGGCGCGCCGGACGAACGCAGAGAGCGGGGAGACGCUCAAAAGAGUCUGCGUCGUCUGCUUGACCAACGCCAAAUCCUGCGUCUUCCUGGAGUGCGGGCACGUUUGCUCCUGCAUCGAGUGCUACUGGGCGCUGCCCAAGCCCAAGAGGUGCCCGAUCUGCAGGCAGGCCAUCGCCAGGGCGGUUCCCUUGUACAACAGUUAA